CAGGCGCCUUGCGAGCUGGGAGCAAUUUAAAACGCUUAGGAUUCCCCGGGCCUGGGUGGGGAGAGAGAGCUGGCUGCCCCCAGAACCCCCACCCUCGGCUCCCCAUGAGCCGAUCGUUGGCCCCAUGGAGCCGGGCAAUUAUGCCACCUUGGACGGGGCCAAGGAUAUCGAGGGUUUGCUGGGAGCCGGAGGGGGACGGAAUCUAGCCGCCCACUCCCCACUGGCUAGCCAUCCCGCGGCGCCAACGCUGAUGCCGACUGUCAACUACAACCCCCUGGAUCUGCCAGGCUCUGCGGAGCCACCAAAGCAGUGCCACCCUUGUCCUGGGGUGCCCCAGGGGGCAUCUCCGGCCCCCGUGCCUUAUGGCUACUUCGGAGGCGGGUAUUACUCAUGCCGAGUGUCUAGGAGCUCUCUAAAGUCCUGUGCCCAGACGGCCACCCUGGCUACCUACCCUUCGGAAACUCCCGCUCCUGGGGAGGAGUACCCUAGCCGGCCCACCGAGUUUGCCUUUUAUCCGGGCUACCCGGGACCUUACCAGCCCAUGGCCAGUUACCUGGAUGUGUCUGUGGUGCAGACCCUGGGAGCCCCGGGGGAGCCGCGCCACGACUCCCUGCUUCCUGUGGACAGUUACCAGCCUUGGGCCCUGGCCGGUGGCUGGAACAGCCAGAUGUGUUGCCAAGGUGAACAGAACCCACCCGGACCUUUCUGGAAAGCGGCGUUUGCAGAGCCCAGCACCCAGCACCCACCAGACGGCUGUGCCUUCCGCCGCGGCCGCAAAAAACGCAUUCCCUAUAGCAAGGGGCAGUUGAGGGAGCUGGAACGGGAGUACGCAGCCAACAAGUUCAUCACCAAGGACAAGAGGCGCAAGAUCUCGGCAGCCACCAGCCUCUCUGAACGCCAGAUUACCAUCUGGUUUCAGAACCGCCGGGUCAAGGAGAAAAAGGUUCUUGCCAAGGUCAAGACCAGCGCUACCCCGUGAGCGCCAGAGGGGAUGGGCAGGGGAAGAGGGCUUGUCCGGGAGAAUUGGGAGCCUGUCAGGGCCGGGACUGGCAGAGGACUUGGCCGUGGGACCCCCAAGAGAUGGGUGACGCCUUUAUCAGGCUACUAAGUUCCGGGGGGAAUCCUGCAUGUGCCAGGAACGUGAGGCCUGAAAUCACAGUCCCCUCCACGGGGUUCCGGACAGUCUGUAUCAGUCAUAAUCAUUCAUCCUAACAGUGGUGAUAAUCUCAUAACCAGUACUAGCUGCAAUGAUAAGUAGUCUCAUAUUUUCUAUCUAGAGCUCUGUAGAGUGCUUAGAAACCGCCUCCAUGAGUUGAGCUGAUUGUGAAUAAAUUUGGAAGAAGAUCUUUUUGUAGGACACUUUCCUCUCA